UAUUGCAAUGCAAAAACUCCCAGUAUCAGUUCAAGCGCAAACAACGUUAAUUCGCGACUGUGUUUCAUUUUGGCCAUAAAUUAUAAAUAAAUAAGUGGAUCAGAGUAUUAUAAACGGAGAUGCUUUUAUAAUAUACGCAUAAAUAACAAAAACAGCUGAUUGUUGAUAGCAGUAACAGCGACAAUUGCACUCGAUACCAACUCGAGAUAAUCUGCCGACUUUGCCGAGACUGCGUCGUGCCCUUUUCUCAUCCCGCUAAUCACAGCCAACGUAUCAAAUUAUAAUUAUCGAAAUGUGCAUAAAACUGUAAAACACAAAGAGAACUUUGUUGCCUUCAGAUACAAAGUGAAAGUUUCGCUGGUAAAAUAAAUUAGCUUAGAUAAACAAUUAAUAAUGUCACGUUGGUCUGCCCCCGACUGCGAGGAGGACGCCAUGGCCGCACCCUCCGCUUGCCCAGCAACACCACCGCCUGCGAGUCAGCAACGCAUAUAUGGCGACAUCAAUGCCAAUCGCUUGUGGACAUUUCGUGUGCUAAUGAACGAUCCACUGGCAGCCAACGAGCAGCUCGCCAUUGUGGGCAGCUGUGAGGCGCUGGGCAACUGGCAGCACAAUGGAGCAGUCCUGAUGACCAGGCAACAAGCAGGAGAGGAACAGCAGGAGCAGGAGGAUGAGCAGGAUGGCAAUGUGUGGAUUGCACAAGUGUAUAUACCACGUGAGUGUGCUACCGAGUAUCGGUAUAUGGUCUGCGGCAUGGAUGCGGCUUCGGAGCAGUUGUUGGUGCGCCGUUGGGAAGUCCAAUUACAGCCACGUCGCAUCGCAGAGCUUGACGAGCCGCGUGGUCAGUGCGAAGACACAUUUGGUCAUGUGCUGGGCCAGCAGCGAAGAGUAGAUCGUGGUUGGUUGACCAAAGAGACGCUGGUGCAGCUGAAAUUCUUCUCUGCACCGUUCACGUUCAAACAGCGCAUGAAACGACGUCUCGUUCAUGUCAAGGUGACGUCCAUGAAUCUGCGCAUACCUAGCGCCGGUUGUGUUGGUGGCGAAGUGACACAGCUGGAGGAUUCACUAUCAAAUGACACGCACGAUACACGUGAGAAUGGCGGCGACAGUUCAGCAUUUGGCUUUAGCGAAGUGGUUACCCUUAGUUCGGAUGAGUGCGAAGUGCGUGCACAGGAACAGUUUGGCACUGCAUGUGGUGCCGAGGAUUUGGUUAUCUUUCAUCUUACUGUUGCGGAUAUGGAGAAUACGGCGUAUCUGAUAGAUCUCUAUAGCUAUAGCUCGAAGGUGGCCCGAGAGGAUGGUCCACCAUUGCAUUUGGGCUAUCACUAUGUGCUGCCCAAUUUGUUUAAACGCUCCGAGGGCAAUCUGGAGCUGGCCAUCACUUGUGCCAAGGGCCAUCGGCCACUGGGUAUGAUGCGGCUGGGUUACUUAAUUGUUAAACCGUCUUCACACAGCGCCCACUUGGAUAUGCGUGUGAGUUAUGCCCGCUAUUGGAACAACAAAUGGACGGGUCUUGAUGUGGGACAUCGUGGCUCGGGCACCAGCUUCAAGGCCAAGGAUGCCGUCAUCAGGGAGAACACAAUCACCUCGCUGAAGAAUGCCGCCGAUCAUGGCGCUGAUAUGGUGGAGUUCGAUGUGCAGCUCAGCAAAGAUCUGGUGCCUGUGGUCUAUCAUGAUUUCAUGAUCUAUGUAUCGCUGAAGAGCAAGUGCAGCAUGCAGGAACAUGACUUUCUAGCGCUACCCAUGCGAGAACUGACUUUGGAUCAGCUCAAGAAACUUAAGGUCUAUCACACCGCGGAGGGAUUGUCACGCGAGACGCGCUCCUUUCACAACGAUGAUCUGCUGGAGCAUCAGCCAUUUCCACAGCUUGCUGAUGUGCUGGAUGCGCUCGAUGAGCAUAUUGGUUUUAAUAUUGAGAUUAAAUGGUCGCAACGUCUGCAGGAUGGACGCAUGGAGGAGGAGUUUGAGCAUGUUGUCGAUCGUAAUCUGUAUAUUGAUUGUAUACUCGAUGUGGUGCUGCGGAAAGCGGGCCAGCGUCGCUUGGUUUUCAGCUGCUUUGAUCCCGAUAUUUGCACCAUGUUGCGCUAUAAGCAGAAUCGCUAUCCGGUUAUGUUCUUGACGUUGGGACACACCACCAAGUAUGAGAAAUAUAUGGAUCCGCGUGGCAAUUCGAUGGAGACUGCGGUGUGGCAUGCGGUGGCGAUGCAGCUGUUGGGCAUUGUGGCGCAUACAGAGGAUUUGUUGCGUGAUCCCAGCAAGGUGAAUCUUGCCAAGGAACGUGGCCUGGUGCUCUUCUGCUGGGGCGAUGACAACAAUUCCAAGGACACAAUCAAGCUGCUCAAGGAUUUGGGUCUUCAUGCUAUCAUCUAUGACAAGAUGGAUGUGCUCACCAGCAAGGAGGUCAAACAAAGUGUAUUUCUGCUGCAGGCAAAGGACAGCCAAAAGGAGAUGCUCAAGCUACAGGCCCUUGAAACUGGCCACGUUUGGCACACUACCGAGUCUGGUCAGGAAGAGCAGCAGGCUUAAAUACUAUUUUACUUUAGUUUCAUCUCGAGACAACUGUCGCGCAGCAUCAUUUUUGUCACCAAGCCAAUAUUUAUUUUUAGUAGAAUUGUAAAUUAUUCACUUACCUGUCCAUUUAUAGUUCCACAUUUCUAUUAAAUGGUAUUUCACAAUGGCUCUCUAUACUUCAGAUGUUCCCAAAUUGCAACCUCUGAAAAAUGAAAAAUAA